AACAUUGCUUUGCUCCCCGCACCAGCUGCAGUUUCUCCUUUCCUCACGCGGUAUUCCUUCAUCGCACGUUCCGUCAGUUUGUGGUUCUCUUUUGUAAAUGCGAAAUAAUGGCUGCAGAUCAGGCUCAGUUUCACCAGCUGCUAAAUUCCCUGCUCUCGACCGACAACGAUGUCCGAACGCAGGCGGAGGAGGCCUACAACAACAUACCAUGCGAAGGCAAGGUGACACAUCUGCUGGGCGCGAUCCAGAACCCGCAGAUGUCCGAGGAAGCACGGAUGAUGGCAGCCGUUCUGUUGAGACGGUUGUUUUCCGCUGAAUUUCAGGAGUUUUAUAAUCCGCUCCCCCCGGAAUCGAAAGAACAGUUGAAGCAGCAAGUACUGCUCACGCUGCAGCAAAACGAAAGUCCUAGUCUGCGGCGAAAGAUCUGCGAGGUCGUGGCCGAAGUAGCGCGUAAUCUGAUUGACGACGAUGGCAAUAACCAGUGGCCGGAAUUUCUGCAGUUCCUGUUUCAGUGCGCGAGUGCUCCAAGCGUGCAGCUGCAGGAGUCGGCUCUGCGAAUUUUUUCAUCCGUACCGGGAAUCUUUGGCAAUCAGCAAACACAACAUCUCCAACUGAUCAAACAGAUGCUUAUCAAGUACUUGGAUCCCUCGUCCGAUCCAGAGGUUCGUUUCCAGGCAGUUCGAGCCGUUGGAGCAUUCAUAUUGCUGCACGACAAAGAAGACGACGUCCAACGACAGUUCAACGAUCUAUUGCCGCGUGUUAUCAUGAUCACCGCUGAAAGUAUUGAUCAACAGGAUGAUCAAACUUUGAUCAAGCUGUUGAUCGAUAUGGCUGAGAGUGUGCCCAAGUUUUUGCGGCCGCAGUUGGAACCCAUUUUCGAGAUGUGUAUGAAAGUUUUCAGUAGUCCAGAGGUGGAGGACAGCUGGCGUCAUUUGGCUCUCGAAGUAAUGGUAUCGCUAUCGGAAAAUGCACCGGCGAUGGUUCGUAAGCGCGCCGAAAAGUAUGUCGCCUCCUUGAUACCCCUGGUUCUGCAAAUGAUGACCGACCUGGAAGACGACGAAGAAUGGUCCGUGUCGGAUGAAAUCUGCGAAGAUGACACGAGCGACAAUAACGUUAUUGCCGAGUCGGCAUUGGAUCGUCUCGCCUGCGGGCUGGGUGGGAAAGCCGUUUUACCCCACAUCGUAGGAAACAUCCCGAACAUGCUCAACAGUCCGGAUUGGAAGCAGCGGCACGCUGCCCUGAUGGCUAUCUCCGCCGCCGGCGAGGGGUGCCACAAGCAGAUGGAAACCAUGCUCGAAAACAUCAUGCAAGGUGUUCUCAAGUUCCUGAUGGAUCCUCAUCCGAGAGUGCGUUACGCUGCGUGCAAUGCAAUCGGGCAGAUGGCCACCGACUUUGCGCCGAUUUUCGAGAAAAAGUUCCACGAACAGGUCAUUCCGGGUUUGCUAAGUUUGCUGGAUGAUGUCCAAAAUCCGCGUGUGCAGGCGCAUGCUGGAGCAGCGCUGGUCAACUUCAGCGAGGAUUGUCCGAAGAAUAUUCUUACCCGCUACUUGGAUGGUAUCAUGGCCAAGCUGGAAGCGAUCCUCACCACCAAGUUCAAGGAGCUAGUGGAGAAGGGUACCAAGCUGGUGCUGGAGCAGGUCGUUACCACCAUUGCCUCGGUGGCGGACACUACGGAGAAGGACUUUGUCGGUUAUUACGAUCGGUUGAUGCCCUGCCUAAAAUACAUCAUCCAGAAUGGUAACACCGAAGAACUGCGUCUCCUGCGGGGCAAAACCAUUGAGUGUGUUUCGCUGAUCGGUCUGGCCGUCGGUGCCGAGAAAUUCAUGUCCGAUGCGUCGGAUGUGAUGGACAUGCUGCUCAAGACGCAUACCGAAGGCGACCUGCCGGAUGACGAUCCGCAGACUUCGUAUCUGAUUUCGGCCUGGGCACGAAUUUGCAAGAUUCUGGGCAAACAGUUCGAGCAAUAUCUACCGUUGGUAAUGGGGCCAGUUAUGAGGACGGCUUCGAUGAAGCCGGAAGUUGCCCUGCUGGACAACGACGAGGUACAGGACGUGGAGAGCGAUAACGACUGGCAGUUUGUCAAUCUGGGAGAACAGCAGAACUUUGGAAUCCGUACGGCUGGUCUGGAGGAUAAGGCUUCUGCUUGCGAAAUGUUGGUUUGCUACGCUCGCGAGCUGAAGGAUGGAUUCGCCAAUUAUGCCGAGGAGGUUGUUCGCCUGAUGGUGCCGAUGUUGAAGUUCUACUUCCACGAUGGAGUCCGUACGGCUGCUGCUGAAUCGUUACCGUAUCUUCUAGACUGCGCCAAGAUAAAGGGACCCACAUAUCUGGAAGGCAUGUGGUUCUAUAUCUGCCCAGAACUUCUUAAAGCAAUCGAUUCCGAACCGGAGCCUGACGUACAGGCUGAAUUGUUACACUCUCUGGCCAAAUGCAUCGAAACACUCGGUGCUGCCUGCCUGUCGACGGAAGCAAUGGACGAAGUGCUCAAGCUCAUUGAUAAGUUUAUGAACCAACAUUUCCAGAAAGAGGAUAAGCGUGCUCUGGCUCGCAAGGAAGAGGACUACGACGAUGGCGUUGAAGAACAGCUGGCCGAAGAAGACGACGCGGACAUCUAUCUGUUAUCGAGAAUAUCCGACAUCAUCCACGCGCUGUUUCUGACCUACAAGGACGGAUUUUUACCAUUUUUCCAGCAGGUUGUGCCGCACUUUGUCAAAUUACUGGAUCCGACUAAAGCCUGGGCUGACCGACAGUGGGGAUUGUGCAUAUUCGACGAUCUUAUUGAAUACACUGGCCCUAUGUGCGCACAGUACCAGGCUUACUUUUUGCAACCGCUGUUGGAAUAUAUCAAAGACAAGCAACCCGAAGUACGACAAGCAGCGGUGUACGGAUGUGGUGUCUUGGCACAGUUUGGCGGCGAUCAGUUCGCGUUGACGUGUGCGCAGGCCAUUCAACUGCUGGUCGAAAUUAUCAUGAUGCCCGGAAGUCGCGAUCCGGAAAACGUGAACCCGACGGAGAACGCCAUCUCAGCAGUGACCAAGAUACUGAAGUUUAACAACAAGUCCAUCACAAACCCAGAUGAGAUUAUCGCUCUUUGGUUCUCCUGGUUGCCGGUGGUGGAAGACGAUGACGAGGCGAUUCACGUGUACGGUUACCUGUGUGAUCUGAUUCAAGCAAACCAUCCUGUAGUGCUGGGCGAGAACAAUUCCAAUUUGCCGCGGAUCGUAUCGAUCUUUGCCGAAGCGUUCUACCGGGAAGCAAUGUCCGCAGGUCACCCGGACUCGACACGAAUGCUGGCCAUUGUCAAGCAAAUCGAAUCCAGCCCAGACAUUUUCCAGGCGUGCAUAAACCAGUUGACGGCGGAGCAAAAAACGGCCUUGGAGGAGGCCUACCGAACUGUGGCUGCUGCCCAGUAAGAGUUGAAAGAUGAAAACACCAGAGUAGUAAUGGCGUUUUUUGAGUGAAUAGGUUUUUAAAAAAACGAGAGCGACUGAGAGAGCAUGAAACAUGUAAUGUACGAAAGAGAGUGAGGGCAGAAUUCCAUCGGGCAGCAUCCUAGCGUUCUAGACAGGAACGGAUUUGCGAUAUAUUACUUAUUCUUUGAAUUUUCAUCGGUUCGCUCCUUACGACAUACGCAGGAAAAAUUUAGAAAGGAAUGAAGUCACGAUACAAGGCCACGUCCCCUAUUAAAACUUAUAUGGCUCGAACGAGAUUGAGUUAAGAGAAUAUUAUAUAUAAAUCUAUAUAGUCGUUUCUCUGCAACACACACACUAGCAUUCAGUCUAGACUUAUUUUGUAAUUAUUUAAUCGUAUCUGUUUGCUUUCCUUUUCAACGCGACGCAUAAUACAACACAGUUUUAGGGAUUUUCGAUUAAUGCCUUCAAAAAAUCACAAUAAAAUAAGUGAACCUGCUUGACACAUUUAUGCAAGUCUCAUUGAACUGGGAUUUUAUUUUGGCUAUGUUAUACAGCGCAACGAUAUAAUGGUCUUAAAGGAGGCAAUUGCUUUUUUCGGAAAGCUAGCUCCAAUCCCGCAUUUAGAUCUGUCCAGUUUAGCUUACGAAUAUUUGUGAUCAACCACACUCUAGAAGGAUGUGCGCUGUACAAGAUCAAUAUAAUAGAAUGAAAAUACUAUGUAUGAGCUUUACCCCAACUAAGUUGGGUAGUCUUCGUUUAUUGGCGCUUCUUUGUUACAUCAUCAUUACCACCGGCAUUACUGUUUACUUGUGCUUAGUACGGUAUCUUAUUCGCCCGGACAUGAUCUUCUUUGUUGUUUAUUGAUCGCACAUUUGCGUCUGAGGGCACACAGUUGUUUUUUAUCGCUUGACAAACAUCAAGAUCUGCGAAACUAGUACCGACCAAGUGGCUUUUGAUUUUUCUAGGUUAGUUCCACUUUAGGUUCCUCCUGGUGUGUCGUUAUUCAACUGGAAAUAACAGUUCCGCAUGUAACUACAAUAUUUUUGCACGUUUUCCAUAUUAAAAAGGCAAAUUCUAUAUAUUACAUGAGAAUAAAUUCAAACGUAUCUUCAA